GUGUAAGUGCUGAGAUCAGUAAGCAAAGUGGCUUGCAUGGCGUCCAUGUGACUGCCAUUUCCGUUGGUUCCUUCCGCAAGAUCUAAAUUAACCUUGUGCUAAGUGAGCGAGAGAGAGAGAGAAACCUCCUGGUUGCAGCUAAUUUUGCCUUUUGUGAAGCCUCCAAGGGAGUGCAGGAGUGUGGCCACACGCAAGAUGAAUCCCUGCGAGCUGCGCGCGCCACCUCAAGCGCAGGAGCACUGCUGUUGAGAUGGAGACAACGGUGCUUUGGCUCUGCCUGGGUCUAGCCUUUCUAGGAAGAGGAUGGGGAAGCCACACUGGAAUGUCUCAUGGGGUUUGCAAACUGGGGCAUGGAGCUGCAGCUUGCAAUGGGAGGGAGCUGAAGUUGGUCCCAGCAGAUCUCCCAGCUAACACAAAGGAGCUCUUCCUAGAUGACAACACUAUACAGAUGCUAAGAAAUGCCUCUCUGCUGCAGUACAGGCAGCUGGGGAACCUCGGCCUGUCUGGAAACACACUGAAGCUUAUUGAAUCUGGAGCCUUCCUAAACAACAGAGGCCUCCAAGUUCUCUCCUUGGCGGAUAAUGCUCUCUUUACCAACUACUCUGUGACAGCAGCUGCUCUUUGGUCCUUACCAGCCCUGAGGAAACUGGACUUGUCUGGGAACCAACUCACUGAAGACAUGGUGGCUACCCUUAUCCAGAAUCUGUCUUCCUUGGAGUCCUUGUCUGCGGCUAGGAAUGUCAUCAUGAGGCUGGAUUCUUUUAUCUUUGAGAGACUGAGCCAGCUGCAGGAGUUGAACCUGGAGAAGAACUACAUCUUUGAGAUAGAGAGUGGCACCUUUGAAGGCCUACGGAGACUGCAGAGGCUCAGUCUGGCCUACAACUACCUUCCCUGCAUCGUGGAGUUUGAGCUGACCCAGCUGAAGAUGCUGAAUGUCAGCAAUAAUAUCAUUGAAUGGUUCCUGGCUGUAGAGAGUGAUGCUCUAUUUGAGCUGGAGACUUUAGACCUCUCCCAUAACCGGCUCCUCUUCUUCCCAUUGUUGCCCAGGCAAAGCAAACUGAACUCCCUGCUGCUGAUGGACAAUGAGAUGUGCUUUUAUAGACAUCUUCCCAAUGCCACAUACCCUCCGAAUGUCACUGUGCAGUACCUUCUCAUAGAUGGCAAUAUCACUAACAUCACUACGCUCAGCCUCUGGGAUGAGGUCAUCCACAGCAACCUGUCCUCCUUGAGGUUCCUAGACAUGAGCCAGAACCAGUUCUGGUAUCUGCCUGAAGGGUUUCUGGCAGGUAUGACUUCCCUGUCUUAUCUGAAGCUCAAUCAGAACUGCUUGCAGACCUUUCAUAUAUGGGAGGAAGAACCUCCAGGCAUGCUUAUUGAAUUGGACCUCAGUCAGAACCAGCUCUCAGAGCUACAGGUGGAUCUAGGUUCUGAAGGCAUACUGCCAAAUCUCAGAUUAUUUAACUUGAGUGCCAAUGGGCUACAGAAAGUACCUGCUAAACUUUUUGCCCACACACCUAAGAUCACUACAGUGGACCUAAGUCACAACCGGAUAGAUGUCUGUCCCCAGCAAGCCAAUGCAGAUGGUAGUAAGUAUUCUGUCUGCAUAGACUUCAGGAAUAUUAUGACCCUGAAGCAACUUUACUUGGCUGGAUGUGGUCUAGACGUGGUGGAUGGCCAUGCUUUUAGUGGAACCUCUCUAACACACUUAGAUCUCUCUAACAAUCAGAGAGCCCUGUCCAGGAGCCUGAGGCCUCUGCAAGAUAUUGCACUAACACUCCAAGUUGUCUCUCUCAGGAAUGCUAGCUUAUCUUGUGCAACAGCAGAUAUGGACUUCUCUAGCUUUCAGAACCUGGUAAGUUUGGAUUUGUCUGAAAACUCCCUGGACAGCUUCCCAGAGUCCUUGGGUAGUCUGAAGCUGCACACCUUGAACCUCCGGAGAAACCUUCUCACCUCCCUGUCACAGGAUGCCAUGGAGAAGCAGCUCGGAAAGAGUCUUGACAUGCUCUACCUCAGCCAGAACCCAUACAACUGCUGCAAGCUGGAAUGGUGGGACUUCCUGCACAGUCUCCAAACAGUGCACAUUGUCGACAGGGUGGAGGUCACCUGUCUGUACUCCUCCAGAACACUUCAUGCAGCAGAGCUGCCCGAGUCUGUCCUUCAGGGCUGCAGGUGGAUGACAGUGAAUUUGGCUUUGUUGUACCUGGUGCUUGCUCUUCCCAUUUGCUUGACCUUGCUUGUUGCCUUUGCUAUCAUGUUCCUUACUUUCAAGCAAAAGCUGCUUCAGAUGGUGAAAAGCCGAUACAGGGUGUCCAGCCCCUACUGAUGGCUCUGGUGAAAGUAGUAGGCAUCGGCACCCAGAAUGAAGGUGGGAUGGCAUGUCUGAGACCUUUUUUAAGCAGUCAAGUCCUUGGGUGAUGAAGUGAGUGGGGGCAAGGUGGGUGCUUUGGUGGGAGAGGCUAAGAAACCCUCUCUUGGGCAUUCUCAGUGCUGCAUUUCAGGAGCACAGUGCCCUGGGGUUUGUUCUCCCAUUGUGUUGGGCAGGGCUGGGGCAUCCUGCCAAGCAUGACAAUGGAAGCUGUCAGAGUCGGAAUCCAUGAGCAGAGGGCUGAAUACAGCGAGUCAGAAGGACUGGUAACCCAUGAAUAGAAUAAGCAAUGCAGAUCUUCAGAGACUGGGAAUACAUGUAACUGGGAGGGGAAUUCGGAAGAGAAGAGAGGGUCAUGCUGAAGAAGGUCUGAAUAAAAAAAAUGAAGAAGAACAAAUAUGAAGAAAAAUAAAUGAGGCAACAAUAAAGUGGGAGGUGUUAGAAAUGAGGCCUGAUGAGCAGCCUCACAGCAGGUGAGAGCUAUUGCUGUUUACUAGAGAGUAGCUUAACCUGGGACAAUGGAAGGGAGAUGAGAGAUGAAAACAUAGCUCUGUGGAAUAUAAAGUGAAAAAACAUUUGUGCAUGCUAGAAAUAUAAACUUGGCGAAGCUGCAGGUCCUGAGCUGGGACCUAGCAGUGUGUGGUUUCUUCUCAACAGCAGUCAAUUCCAUAUGACAGUUACUUGAAUUUAUGUUGAAAUUGAACACUCAGUCAAUCAGAGGUCAUGGGUGAUGUGCAGUUACUCACCCACCACUAUCUCAGUUGGGCGUGAUACAUUGAUUCAUUGCUGUACUAGGUGGGGAAAUGCAUGGUUUUCUCAGAUACACAGCGUAUUGUGCACUUAUAUAAUCACCUGAACUCUGAUUGGCCAAGGGCAGGGGUGGGAGUUGGGGGUGGGGGGGGAGUUGAUAUGCAUAGAAAUGAGCUAAUUGUCAAUGGACUCGUUGUAUGUAUGCUAUAUAGAAUGUGUGCAUUAUAAAUGACAGUGGAAAUCAUCAUCACAUUCCUUACAAAAUGGUUAUUGCCCAGGCAGCUUUUCAAAGUUGACUAUCUGGCCCAUUUAAAAUAAUUUGGUUCCUUGCAAAUUAAUGGCUGGGAAUAAACUGCCCAGAUGGUCCCCAUGCUCAAUUUUGCAUUUUUAAUCUAUUCUCAUUUUGAGUAGCAAAAUGAAAAAAAAGCACCCAUCCCCUUAGUGAUUACACAUUCACAUAUAUGACUUUAAAUUUAUGUUGUUUUGAAGAUGUGGAUUUAUUAAAGAUAACCUUUGUGCUGGGGUAUGAUUUAGUGGGUCUCUCUCACCUUUGCUGAACCUGGGAGCACUCUGAGAAGCCUCCCCCACCCUCGUGUUCCUGUUCUGUAUGUGCUAAAUUCCAGAAAUUAGGCAAUAGCUAUUUUAAGAACAUAAGCAGUGCCAUACUGGGUCAGACCAAUGGUCUAUCUAGCCCGGUAUCCCCUCUCUGACAGUGGCAAGUAGUAGUAGGUGCUUUAGAGGGAGAGUAUAUGUACAAGGCAUGUCUACUGUAAUCCAUCCCUUGUCAUACCUCCCUGGCAUCGAUCAUCAUUGGGUUAGGGUUGUCAGAGGAUAUGUUCCUGACUGUUGUAUUUUAAUAACACAUUGGAGUGCUAUUAAACACCUGCCCAGAGCCACUCUUGGCUCUGUCAUGGACACGCUUAUUGGUGUGUGCCCACUGUGAGUGGAGGAGGCAUGCUUCUCGGUGGCACUUCUUGGCUCAGUCUGAAGGCAAGGGAGACAUACCUGGUCAGUUAAGUGUCGAUGGGAUAUUGCUGCAGAUUUUCAUAACAAACCUCCAGCAAAGAGGUCAAAUGAGAUGUGGAGCUGAGGCCCAUAUCCAUAGCAAUAAUUAUGGCUGUAUGAUAGCAGACAUCUCUUGGGUAUGCAUACUGCUGUCUUUAAAAAUGAGCAUUGGACAGUUCAGCUGAGAUCCAACCAUUGUAAAUGCCUGGUUGUUGAUGGUAUGUGCGUUUGUGGUGAUUGUAUUUGUGUCCUAUGAGAGAGAGAUUACCAGUAUGGUUGAGUAUUUCUUGGCUUAUCCACUGUAGUUCUAAAAAUCAUCUGUAAGCAGCUGUCCCAAUUAAAUGAGCCUAUUAAAUGUGUUGAAAUGUAAAAUAGUGAAUAAAAAAAAGACCAAAUUAUA